UUGCACUAAAUACAUUACCCUUGGAGCAGAUCUAUCAUAUAAAGAGAGAGAUACAGGGUGACAGCUAGCCAGGGAGAGAGGGCUAAGAGAUUGAGAUUUGUUUUUUGCAAGCAAAAGAUAUUGAGAUGGAUAUGCAGCAAAACAACCAUGGUGAUGAGUCAAGAUUAGAAUUUAAACUAGUCGGUCAUGCGAAUUUCGUAAGAACAAAUCCAAAAUCAGAUAGAUUUGCAGUCAAAAAGUUCCACCAUAUCGAGUUCUGGUGUGGUGAUGCAACCAGUAGUGCUCGGCGUUUUUCAUUCGGACUUGGCAUGCCAAUUGUUGCAAAAUCUGAUCUCACUACCGGAAAUAUGGUACAUGUUUCUUAUCUUCUCCAAUCAGGUGAUCUUAACUUAGUUUUCACUGCUCCUUACUCUCCUUCGAUAGGGGAAAAUCCAAUUGGCACUACUACUGCUUCCAUCCCUACUUUUAACCAUUGUGCGGCUCGAUCUUUUUUUGCUUCACAUGGUUUUGGUGUUAGAGCAAUUGCUAUAGAAGUAGAUGAUGCUGAAUCUGCGUUCAAAACCAGCAUUUCGUAUGGUGCCAAAGCGUCAUCUCCUGCUAUGGAAAUCGGUAAUGGGGUACUCAUUUCAGAGAUUGAACUUUAUGGGGAUGUUGUUCUGCGUUAUAUUAGCUUCAAGAACUCAAGUUCUGAUAUGGUUUUCCUGCCAUCUUUUAAAGUCUGUACAGGUAUAGAGGAUUCGAGUUCAAAGAGUUCGGAUGAUUUUGGGUUUCGACAUGUGGAUCAUGUAGCAGGAAGUGUAUGGAAUAUGGCAGAAGUUGUAAACUAUGUGAAAAAGUUUAUGGGGUUGCACGAGUUUGCUCAAUUUACUGCAGAUGAUAUAAGAGGCAACAGCCAGAGCGGUUUGAACUCGGUUGCAUUGGCAAACAAUGACGAAUCCGUGUUACUGAAUAUCACAGAACCAGUUUAUGGUACAGAAAGAAAGAGUCAGGUUCAAACGUUUCUUGAACAUAAUGAAGGCGAGGGAGUACAACAUCUCGCACUUGGUACAUAUGAUAUAUUUAAGACAUUGGAAGAGAUGCAAAAGAGAACUAGUUUUGGGUUUGAAUUCAUGCCACCACCACCACCAACGUAUUAUAAGCAUUUGAACAGCAGAAUUGGUGAUGGAGUUUUGAGUGAUGAAGAGAUCAAAAAGUGUGAAAAGCUGGGGAUUUUGGUUGACAAAGAUGAUCAAGGUGUUUUGCUUCAAAUCUUCACCAAACCUGUGGGAGAUAGGCCAACAAUAUUUCUAGAGAUAAUUCAGAGGGUUGGAUGUAUGGUGGAAGAUGCAGAAGGUAAUACUGUUCAGAAAGGCGGAUGCGGAGGAUUUGGGAAAGGAAACUUCGCUGCCCUUUUCAAGUCUAUAGAAGAAUAUGUGAAGACUUUCAAUCCAUAAACUCAAUCAAGUAUAGUACUACAACAACAAUGUAGUACAACUACUUGGAAGAAUAUGGUGUCAUUCCUAGUCUAUAAAUUUGGAGUCAGUUUUAUGUUUGGAAGUGUUCUUAUUUCUUCAUUAGAAUCACAAACUCAAGUUUGUUCACCAUAAUAAUA